AUGGCACAACCGAUCGCACAAAAGCUGCUUGUAGUGGGUGGCUCAGGAUUCCUUGGCAUGAACAUUUGUAAGAUUGCUGCCAACAAGGGUUGGGAAACUGUCAGUUUGAGUAAAAGAGGAGAGCCUACAAUGUUCAAUGAGUAUGGAAAACCAGAAUGGGCUCAGAAGGUGCAAUGGGCUUCUGGCAACUCACUUCAGCCAGAAACCUAUAAAGACCUGUUAAAGGAUGUCACUGCAGUUGUGCAUUCAGUCGGUAUCCUCAUGGAGAAUGAUUACAAAUCUAUUGCUCAAGCAAAAUCGUUGUGUGAAGCCGCCAGUGGUGUGCCUCGUUUACUGUUGGGCAUGAAAGAUCAUGGCAAUCCUCUUGAUCCCAACUUAAAAGACAACCCCAGACCCACUUACGAGAUGAUGAACAGAGAUACAGUCAAAACAGUAGCUGAUCAAGUCUCUCAAGUGCCCACCAUGCGCUCAUUUGUUUACAUUUCUGCUUCAGAUGUGUUUCCCUUUAUUGAUCCUCGUUACAUUACAACCAAGAGAGAAGCUGAACGCUACUUGUUUCAACAAGACGAUAAAUUCAAGACGGUGGUACUUCGUCCUGGCUUCAUGUACAAUGUGACAAGACCCAGUGCUGUCCCAAUUGCUGGUGCCCUUCAAUUUGCCAAUGCAGUGACAAGUCCAUUCAAGAAUGGCAUUGCUAGUUUACCUGGUGGAAAAAUCAUCACUACACCACCAUUGCAAACGGAACAAGUGGCAAGAGCUGUCAUUGCAGGCAUUGAAUCGAAACAGAGUGGUAUUUUUGAUGUAGAAGGCAUUGAGAAACUGAGUCAUGUAUCCAUAUAA